GAGACGGCAGUUAGCAUUAGCCCAGAGAGACAUUGAAUGACUUUGUGGCGCUGUGCGGCAGGGUGAAGAAAGUUGUCUGUUUGUUUUGACAGGUCGGUGAUCAGUCUUUGAGCUCAUGGAGGCCCUCAUACCUGUCAUAAACAAACUGCAGGAUGUGUUCAACACGGUCGGAGCGGACAUCAUUCAACUGCCGCAGAUAGUUGUUGUGGGCACUCAGAGCAGUGGGAAGAGUUCUGUUUUAGAGAGCCUGGUUGGCAGGGACAUUCUGCCGCGUGGCACUGGCAUCGUCACACGCCGACCUCUUAUCCUGCAGCUCGUGCACAUCGAUUCAGAGGACUGCAGGAAAACCAGUGAAGAGAAUGAAUCCAAGAAAAAUGGACGCCUUUACAGAGGCAUCGACGGAGAGGAAUGGGGCAAAUUUCUCCACACCAAAAGCAAGAUCUACACAGACUUCGAGGAGAUCAGGCAAGAAGUUGAAGCAGAAACUGAAAGAAUUUCAGGCAAUAACAAGGGUAUAAGUGAUGAACCCAUUCACCUGAAAAUCUUCUCACCACACGUUGUGAACCUCACGUUGGUGGAUCUGCCUGGCAUUACAAAGGUGCCGGUGGGAGACCAGCCCAAAGAUAUAGAGCUCCAGAUCAAAGAUUUGAUCUUCAAGUACAUCUCCAACCCCAACUCCAUCAUCCUGGCUGUGACUGCUGCCAAUACAGACAUGGCAACAUCAGAGGCCCUUAAAGUAGCCCGAGAGUUUGACCCUGAUGGCAGGAGGACGCUAGCAGUGGUGACCAAGCUGGAUCUGAUGGAUGCUGGCACAGAUGCCAUGGAUGUAUUGAUGGGCAGGGUCAUUCCUGUCAAACUGGGCAUUAUUGGAGUCGUUAACAGGAGUCAGUUAGAUAUCAAUCAGAAGAAGUUGGUGGCAGAUGCCGCCCGUGAUGAAUACGCCUUCCUACAGAAGAAGUACCCCUCGCUUGCAAACAGAAAUGGAACCAAACAUCUGGCCAGAACAUUGAACAGGUUACUCAUGCACCACAUCAGAGACUGUCUUCCUGAGCUGAAGACGAGGAUCAACGUGCUGGCAUCUCAGUACCAGUCGUUACUCAAUGGUUACGGCGAGCCCGUCGACGACAAGAGCUCCACGCUGCUGCAGCUCAUCACCAAGUUUGCUGCAGAGUACUGCCACACCAUAGAGGGCACGGCCAAGUACAUAGAGACAACUGAGCUAUGUGGUGGAGCGAGGAUCUGUUAUAUAUUUCAUGAAACGUUUGGUCGCACAUUGGAGUCGGUAGAUCCUCUGGGCGGUCUGACGACCAUCGAUGUGCUCACAGCAAUCAGAAAUGCGACGGGCCCGAGGCCUGCUUUGUUCGUGCCCGAGGUUUCGUUUGAGUUGCUGGUGAAGCGGCAGGUGAAGCGCCUGGAGGAUCCCAGUCUGCGCUGCGUGGAGCUGGUUCACGAGGAGAUGCAGAGGAUUAUCCAGCACUGCAGCAACUACAGCACACAGGAGCUGCUGAGGUUUCCAAAGCUCCAUGAUGCCAUCGUAGAAGUGGUCACCUCGUUACUCAGAAAGAGGCUCCCAGUCACCAAUGAAAUGGUUCACAACCUGGUUGCCAUUGAGCUGGCCUAUAUCAACACCAAGCACCCGGACUUUGCCGAUGCCUGUGGCCUCAUGAACAAUAACAUAGAGGAGCAGAGACGCAACCGAAUGAGAGACCUGCCCUCUGCUGUGCCCAGAGACAAGUCCCUUAAAGGCCCAGGUGGUCAGUCUCUCUCUCCCACCGAGCCUCUUGCCCUCGAGGGCGAGACCGCCAAGGCUGCAGCAGGUGGCUCUCAGAGCGGCAACGUCGGCGAGCAGACGGACGGCGGGACGGGGAACUGGAGGGGCAUGUUGAAGAAGGGAGAGGACGGACCAGCUGGUGACAGAGCCAUGCUGCAGCACCCGCUCCCUGCAAGCCCACAAAGGGGCCACGCUGUCAACCUGCUCGAUGUGCCGGUACCAGUGUCCAGAAGGUUGUCUGCUCGAGAGCAGAGGGACUGCGAGGUCAUCGAGAGACUCAUCAAGUCAUACUUCCUUAUUGUACGGAAAAACAUCCAGGACAGUGUACCGAAGGCGGUGAUGCACUUCCUGGUGAACCAUGUGAAGGACUGCCUGCAGAGUGAGCUGGUGGGUCAGUUAUACAAGGCGGGCCUGCUGGACGACCUGCUGACAGAGUCCGAGGACAUGGCUCAGAGACGCAUGGAGGCCGCUGACAUGCUCAAGGCGUUGCAGAAAGCCAGCCAGGUGAUCGCAGAGAUCAGAGAAACCCAUCUGUGGUGAGGGCGGCCUCUCUUCAGCAGGCUCCGUUCAUCCCUCAUGGACCAUCCAAAAGCUCCUGCUGUGACUCCCAAGCUCCUCUGACUGCAGAGACGAACAAGUUGAAAAUGCACUGGUGUUGAUAUGUGUAUAUCGGAACAUAGUUUUAAUGUACAGUAAGGACUUGGAUUUAAUGAAGGGCCGUACAUAUCGGCUCCUCUCCAUCAGCAUCACACACGCGUGCUGCUGUCCUAGUUAUUAUAUUUUUCUCAUGUAAUUAAAACAAUUAGUAGAUAAUGUUGUGCAUCAGCACUAUGUGGAGCCUUGCUGAGGAAUCUCUGCUCUUAAAUUAAAUUUGAAUUAAAGCUGGAAAUGACAAAACUCAUGCUGCAACAUGUAGACGUUCUCUUUAUGUCUAUUUUAUUAGAUGUUGACAAAAUAAUGCGUCUACAGCUGAUUGUUUCCAAAGAAAUGCACUUCAUGUAGAUGUUUUACUGUUAAAACCAUUUGUGUUUAUAUGCAGAUAUGAAACUAUUCUACAUCACACCCACAUUUGUCCCUUUUGUUUACAUGUUCAACUAGAUCUAAUCACACUUGUAGAGGUUUUAAGUCCAUUGAAUGAGGGUUCUGGCUGCUGGAGUCUUUGUAUGAAUAUGUUAUGGUACUGUAUGCUGGACUUCAUUGCACAGAUAAAUCUGCAUUGUUUGAAAAGAG